AUUUUAGACACCACGCCAAAAUGCGCAUGAAAAAGAAAGUUUUUGAUAAACUUCAGGUCGCGGAUGUGAGGUUGUCUUGGAGAUUAAUUGGUGAUGAAGUUCUUAAAAAAUUCACAGGUGAAUAUUUGACCCCAGUACCCAGCUUUCAAACCUCAAAAUGCCCGUGUGGCCCUGGAUACGUAAUUCUUUCAAAAUUCCGAUCGUUCAAGAGUUGGCUGCACAGAGACCCCCCUAAGCGUGUCUUCACGGAGUGUUUGUGGGAUUUCCAACCAUCAGGCCCCAACAAGCCAGAUUCUGUACAGAUGAUUCCGGUAACUACUGUUUGUGAUCGUCCGUCGUCCACCUUUCAUUUUGUAGUCUCGCGUAAGAGGAAGCAUAAAACAAAGACCAUAAAAGUUACUUUCCAUGGCAAGAAAAUAACACAACUUGAUCUCCACAAACACAAGCUGCAGAAUCGGAAAGUCGCAACACUUCUCUUUGAUGAUACUGGAUUCGAUUCUUUUUCGCUACACAUGGUGAGCAAAGUUUUCUUGAUAGACCGGGGGCGGAUCGAGGUGUGGGUGGAUAACGAUCUGGACUUUGUCGAUAUUUCCGACCAAAGUCCAGUUGGUUUUCAGAUGUGCCACCUCUGGCUAGAUGAAACAAACGACGGGGAUCGCUUCAUCGAUGGCAUUUCUAAUGUCAAGUCCAAAAAUUUCAAAGCAACAUGGCUGAAUAGAGAAAAUUAUAAACAAAUUUUGCGUAAUUUUAUCCCAAAUCAAAGGAAAUACGGUAGCGAGGCAGGUGACAUAAACUGAUUUACACCCAUCCUUUCUUGGAAAACAGACUUAUUUUGUGAUGUUUUAAUAAUUUUAUUCAGUUAAAAAAACAGCAACAUAUAUUUGUUGUCUCAACAGAUGUACAUGAACAUAAGUAGAAAAAAUAAGAAAAAAUAUCAAAUUCUUGUCAUCAAGGACUGAACUGAAAAUUGCUACAAUGAACA